AUGGCUCCCAAGAAGGGGAAGAAGGACAAGGAGCAGAAGGAUGCGGCUGCAGUCGCCCCUGCCAGUGUCAACUUGUCGCCCGCUAUGGCCGAGUUGCUGAACAAGAAGAUCCGAGAAUUCGAGAAAAGCUCAGCCGAGGAGAACGAGAAGUCUCAAAAGGCGCAGAAAGGCAAAGCCCGAACGGCUGCCAAGAACAAGCUCAAAGAGGUGAAGCAGAUUGCCACUGGCACUGCCCCGGACGCGGAAAAGAUACAGCAGCUGGUCCAGCGUCUGGAGGCAGAAGAUGAGGAGGCGAUGAGCCUCGGCCAGGAUGUGGAAUCCCGGACGAAGGAGCUGACGGACGUCGAGGACAAAGCAGACAGUGCACAGGCAGAGCUGUCAAAGUGCCUCGCCACGAAGUCGAAGCUGGAAUCCCUACUUCGUCAACUCCAACAGCAGACGAACACCCUCAACGAGGAAAGGAGGAAGCUCACGGAUGCGGAGAGGCAGCGGCGUCAGGAUCUGGCGGAUGAGUUCCAACAGACCAUCGCUGAUGUCAAGAAGAAGAUGGAUCAGCAGGCUAGCGAGCGAAGUCGGCUUGCUCUGGAAAACGAGGUCCUUCGAACAAAGUUCAAGGAGUUCUUCGAGAAGUAUGACCUGCGAGAGAAGGAUUUGGCCGAGCAACAGAAGACUCGCGAGGUAGAAGUGAAGGCCUUUGAGCAGAGGCACACGUCGGAUCUGACCUGUUUGUGCAUGCUAAGCCCUGCUAAGCAUAUACAAUUCAUACAGUUGUACACAGCAUACGCACAUCUACCAUACAUACACACGUGCAUUCAUUCAAUUAUUCAUUCGUAUAUGGAUACAAACAUACAUACGGUCAUACAUGUAUACAUGACGGUCUGUUUUCGCAGGCUAGUCAUUCUAGUCGUGCUGAUGUGGUUAUUGCUGCUGCCGCGUGACAGCUGCUGCUGCUGCCGCUGCUGCUACUGCUGCUCCGACUUCCUUUCGUGUUCGUACUACUACGAGUACGACUUUGACUUCGACUGCGACUGCGACUACUACUGCUACUACGACGACGACGACUACUGCUGCAUUUCAGGCGCAUUACAGAACCGCUUUUAUUAA